AAUACAGCUGGACUAAUACAACGGACACCAAAAGACAUGUGGAAAGUCUCCUUGUGGAUUGUUGUGUUACUCCAAGCAGGUGCUGUUUGUCAGGAAAUCAUCAAUGGAUGUGCUUUGGAGCCAUGCCAGAACGAAGGCUCAUGUGAGAGUCUUGAAGGAAACUACACUUGCCACUGCUCUCGGGAGAGCCAAAAUGGCCAACUCUAUGGAGGGGUGAACUGCACAGAGCCUCUAGUGGGUUGCCGAGGCCACAGGUGUCAGAAUGGAGGCACGUGUUCUCCUUACCUCGUUAACGGACGCCAUCGAUAUACGUGUGCCUGUCCCCAGGGAUUCACCGGUCCUAAAUGCCGAACGCCCACCACCUUUUCCUUUGAGACUGAUGGAUACCUCCAUGUCGAGCUGUCUCUCACAAACACCGAUGCGUCUCUGAACAUAACCUUAAGUUUCCGUACGGAUCAGACUGCUGGUACACUCCUCCAACGUCACAUAGAAGACCUGCUGCUCACUGUGGAGCUCAUGGAAGGCCAGCUACGCCACACCAUGCAACGGGCCCAGGAGCCAGGUGAGGUCCUGCAGGAGGUUGUGGUGGAGGGGAUGGUGGCUGACGGCAGGUGGCACAAACUGGAGGCUUUGCUCCAGGGUGGGAUGUUGGGACUAACACUGGACUGUGUGGAAGGUGACUGCCCCAGCACCGAGACCACAGCCCAAAGCCCAGCGGGGUCCUCAUCCUCUGAACUUGGGUCUGGUUACCCUGAGCCCAAUGUUGUCCCUCAAAGUCUCUUCAUUGGAGGAACACGGGGUGAUGGAGCCACACACUUCAUUGGCUGCAUUCAAGACUUUCACGUGGAGUCUAAACUGGUGGUACCUGGGGUUGGGCUUGCAGCGAAGGCUGAGCAGGUGAAUGUCACAAUGGGCUGCAGUGACCGGGACAAGUGCGAUGAUGGCCCCUGUCAGAACAGAGGCAGGUGCAUCAGCCAGGGCUGGAUGAGAUACUCAUGCGAAUGCCACCGACCGUAUGAGGGAGACCACUGCCAAGAGGAGUACAUCACAGCUCGGUUUGGGAAUGAAGACUCAGAGAGCUAUGCUUCUUUCUUUGUGGAGGAUGAGCCCAGCGAGACUGUUGCCCUGUCACUAUUUGUCCGCACCAGGAGGCCCCAGGGCCUGCUCUUGGUCUUGGCCAACAGCACCAGCCAGUACCUCCGUGUCUGGCUGGAUGAGGGACGGGUCAAAGUUCAGAUCAACAACUUUGAGACCUUGGCAAGUCACGGUGUGGUAAAUGAUGGCCAAUUUCACCCGGUGAGUGUGAAAAUAGAACAAGCGAGAGUGGCCCUCUUCCUGUCAGCAAGGAGCCAGGGGAACAUUCCCAUCCGGAACGUUCUGCUUCAGAUGGGAGAUGUGUUGUAUGUCGGAGGGCUGCCGGACCGACGCGCCUCUUUGGCUUUUGGAGGCUACUUCAAAGGUUGCGUCCAGGACUUGCGCAUCUCAUCAAAGCGCUUGCAGUUCUACCCCAUUGGCACUGCGGUCAGCUCGUAUGUCCAGGAGAGCCUGGUCAAAGUCACACGUGGCUGUGCCAGUGACAACUCGUGCAGUGUUAAUCCAUGCUUGAACGGGGGAGUGUGUUACUCGAUCUGGGAUGACUUUGCAUGUAACUGCCCUCCCAACACGGCAGGCCAACGCUGUGAGAGGGUGAAGUGGUGUGAACUCUUCCCUUGCCCCUCAGCCGCGACCUGUCUGCCUGACACAGAUGGCUUCCAGUGUAUUUCAAAUGUGACUUUCCGGGAAAACAGCACCACACUGACCUACAGGAGCAAUGGAAACAUCGAGCGACCCCUCGUGAGCGUUUCCCUCCAGCUGCGAACCAGGGCCAGUAACGGCACCUUGCUGCACGCGAAGAAGGGCACCGAGUUCAUCUCCAUCUCCAUCCACAGCUCCCACCUGCUCGUUGAGCUUCAGGGGGGCCAGGGGACCCCAAGACUGAGCAUUGAGAGUGAGCUGCCAGUCAGCGAUGGGGAAUGGCACAUGGCGGAGCUGGUUAUGCAAGAGCCCACGAGUCUCAUCUCUAAGUGGACCUUAGUGUUGGACGGGGAUAUAGAGGAAGCAGCGGUGUCUGGUGAUGCCUCUGGAAAUGUGGACUUCCUGAAGGACGGCGUGGAUAUCCUGGUGGGGGGGCUCGGUCCUGGAGCAGUCGGACACCUGGUGGGGUGUCUCGGCCCUCUGGAGAUCAGCGGCCUGCUGUUGCCGUUCUACACGGACACCGAGACCUAUUUGCCCCGGCCUCAGGACGAGCAGUUCCUACGCACCUCAGGGUCGCCUUGGUUCGGCUGCUGGGGUGCCGAUGUCUGUAGCCCACAGCCCUGCCAGAACGGGGGCGCCUGCACGGACCUCUUCGACCAGUUCCGCUGCGACUGCCCUCUGGGUUUAGGGGGGCCACGCUGUGAGGAGACAGUGGACACCUGUGCCUCAGAGCCCUGUGUCCACGGCAGCUGCAGCACCAAGCCAAUGGGGUUUGAGUGCAUCUGUGAGCCUGGCUUCGAGGGAAGGCUCUGCGAGGUGCAGGUGGAUGUGUGUGCAGGUAACAAGUGCGGGCAGGGUGCCACCUGUCUCAGAGGAGUCAUGCGCUACGCCUGUCUCUGCCCACGCAACGCCACGGGAGCCCUCUGCAGAGAAAAGGUUCCAGAGAUUCCAUGGUGGAUUGAAAGGAUCCCAUAUCCUAUACUGCCCGUGUCGAUUUGUGGGAACGAUCAGUUCAAUUUCAGCUGUUUUAAUGGUGGAAACUGCUCAACAGUAGACGGUACUUGUGACUGCAUUCCUGGGUUCAUAGGGCAAUGGUGUGAGCAGGAUGUGGAUGAGUGUGCGUCUGACCCCUGCCAAAACGAUGGGUUCUGUCGCAAUCUCAUCAACCGUUUCCAGUGUGUAUGUGAAUUAAACUUCUCCGGCAACCAAUGCCAAAUUGACGUCAGUGAUUUCUACACUUAUGUGUUCCUGCUCUUCUGGCAGAACAUCUUUCAGCUCCUUUCAUACCUCAUCAUUCGCGUGGAUGAUGAUGCCCCUGAGAUUGAUUGGGAGGCCCAUAUGGAGUGAAAAUGAUUCAGAAAGACUUUCUGACGGUACAAUAGGUACCCUACCAUACACAAGAGGUAUGUGCAGGUGUGUGUUGAGCUUUGUGCAGGCAAUCACCAGCGUCUGAACAUCAAAUCAAAUUCAGCAUGCAUGUAUUUGGUGUGAGUUUUUAUAUCAACAAACUGACCUGUGAAGUGAGACAAUAUGAAAACAUACUUCAGUAUUCCAUAUGAAUAAUAACUAAAUAGAUAACCAAGUAAAUACACAUUGUCAAUAUAGCCAUACCCAUAUAAAUAUUACUAGUGCCUUAAUGUAAUGUCAGAACAUAUUUUUUAAAGAUGUUUUUUAUCCUUUCUGAUGUUUGAACUGUGUAUAAUUAUAUAUAUAUAUAUAUACUGUUUAUAUAAAGAAUUAUGUGCAAGAAGCAUUUUACACAAAUGUUGUGAUACUGUAGAUGAUGUAGUACCUACAUAACCUCCAUAGUAACCUGGCUCUUGAUAUAUAAAAUAGGCAGUCAUCAAAGACAUAAAAUAAUAUGCUUCUAGGAUAGGUCAUAUACAUUUUAAAAUGAGAAAUAGAGAACAUAUGAGCAGGACUACUCCUCCUUCCCAUAUUUGUGUGUUGUGCGCCCCCUGUGGGUUAGCAUUGUGCAAUGUCACUGACAACCUCUGGUGUAUGUAGCUAUGACAGGAGGUUGUCUGUGUUAGAUGUUGUAUGUAAGUUUUCUUCCGAUGUAAGAGCAAUAAUGAGAACUCAUUUAAAAGGGCCAUUUGUUUUGGAAAUAAAUGACUGCUUUGUUCUACUACUUCUA